AGCCUUCAGUCAGUCUGCCCAUUGCUAACCUGGCAGGCAGCAGGAGCUUGUGAGGAAAUCCCACAGACACCAGGGCAGGAGGUCCCAUACAUACUGUAACCAGGAGAUAAAGACCAGGGCAGGAGGUCCCACACAACCAGGAAAGGGGUUCACACAGCCCCAAGGAGAGGAGAUCCUACUGGCACCUUGAUCUGGAUAAGAGCUCCCUCAGAGACCAGGAGUGGGGGCCCCACGGACACACAAGGGUUUGCCUGCAGGUUCCAAGUGGAUGCAGACUGAUUGGAGAGCCAGUAGCGUCCUGUACUGUCCCCCUAGUCACACAGAGUGACAGUGACAGACGGGGGAGAAAGGACUUUCGCCUCCUCAGGCGAGUAUAGCUCUGCUGGCUCCACAUAUCAGACAGAAUGGGCCAGAGGAAACUUUGCAGAGACCUGCCAGGACUUUUCCUGCAGUUGCUGCUGCUGCUCCACAUCUGCCAUGGGGUACAGAGUUCAAGAGUGUUAGAUGAAGUAUAUUUACCAGACGGAGUAUCAGACACACGGACGGCAGCGCAGCACCGGUGGGGUUAUGGAGAUUUAUCUGAUGAUGAAGACUUUAUGGCAGAUGAAGCAUCAGGAGAUGACAACGGCAGCACUGAAGUCGGCAGUGGUUCUCUAGUGAGCAGCUCAGAACCGAGUCUGGUUGUUACAGGUACCCCGUACACUACAGGUUUUGUUAUCGCCCAGAUAGUUCCUCAGCUUGCGAGUAUCAGUGUCUCUGAACAGGACCAAGAACCACUAAUAAUUUACUACAGAGCUCUGGUGAAUUUCACUCAAUCUAUAGAAUAUACAGCCGAGCUGGACAAUGUGUUGUCAGAAGAAUUCCGAGAUUUAUCUGAAGCAGUUGUGGACACGCUUGAAUCAGAGUAUUACAAAAUCCCAGGGGAACAGAUGGUCAGCGUGGUUUUUGUCAAGCCCAUUGAAGGUGACGUCUUUGUUGAGUUGGAUGUUGGUUCAGAAGGCAACGACAACGACAAAGAGAUCCGUGAAAUUCUAUACUCGGUGGUUGACAGCGGUUCUAUUGCAUCUUACAUAAUCUCUUCAGUCGGGUUCCAGUUUCGGCGCCUCGGAGCAGCACAAAUGCCACCUCCCCCAAUGGGGAUGGACACACCAGUUACUCCAACUAUACGCUCGUGCACAGCUAAUGAAUUCACCUGCAAGAAUGGGAACUGUAUUCCCCUGGAGUAUCAGUGUGACCGACGUCCUGAUUGUCGUGACCUAUCAGACGAGGAAGGAUGCGAAAAUGGAUGUGAGGACUUUGAGUUUCAGUGUAGAAGUGGAGAGUGCAUCCCUAGAACAUACCUUUGUGAUGGCCGUUCAGACUGCAAGGACUCCUCAGACGAGCUUCAGUGCGGUACAACCCAGGCACCAAAAACAAGAACGCCUGCUACUUCACUAGUCACGCAAGCUAUUACCACUGUCAGACCGGCCACCACACCUGCCCAGGUUUUCACUCGGCCGCCCGUAAUCACCACUACCCCAGCCAAACGCGUAACCACCAAACCACCUCCUGAUUUUGACCCACGUCUUUGCCGGAGAGAGGAGGCUCGCUGCCCGAACGGCCAGUGCAUUCCUAGGGACUAUCUGUGUGAUGGAGAGAAAGACUGCCCAGAUGGCAGUGAUGAGCGAAGAUGUGGAACGCCUUCUCCUUGUGAGCCCAAUGAAUUUAAAUGUCAGAAUGGACGCUGUGCACUGAAACUCUGGAGAUGUGAUGGUGAUAAUGACUGCGGUGACGGAUCUGACGAGCUGAACUGCCCCACAAAAGGACCAACCGACACAUGUUCCCCAGAGCAGUUUGUGUGUGUCCAGUCUAGGACAUGUAUCCCAGCCAGCUAUCAAUGCGAUGAAGAGGCAGACUGCCCUGACCGUUCCGAUGAAAUUGGCUGCACUCCACCCCAAGUCAUCACUCCACCCGAGGAGAGCAUUAUGGCUUCCCGUGGAGAGACGGUGCGUUUUACAUGCGUGGCCGUCGGAGUGCCAACUCCCAUAAUUACCUGGAGGCUCAAUUGGGGAAAUAUUCCCACAAGCAAGAGAGUGUCCAUGACCAGUGAGAGUGGACAAGGCAUACUGACAAUUCGGGAUGUAAAAGAGGCUGACCAAGGGGCAUACACCUGUGAAGCAAUCAAUGCCAAGGGCAUGGUCUUCGGAAUUCCAGAUGGAGUGUUGAUAUUAAAACCAACUAGAGGUCCUUGUCCUGAAGGCAGCUUUCAUGUUGAAGCCACCUCUAAGUGCAUUCCCUGCUUCUGCUUUGGUGUAACCAAGGUCUGCCAGCAAAGUACACGUUACAGAAACCAAAUCCGCCUCCGAUUUGAUGUACCAGAUGAUUUCAAAGGUGUAAAUGUGUCAGUGCCUUCCCACCAGGGGAUCCCUCCACUAUCAUCCAAUCAGCUGCAAAUUGAUCCACUUGAGGGGGAGUUCCAGUUGGUUGAUCUUUCUCGCCGGUUUCUCAGUCAUGAUUCAUUUUGGACUCUUCCUUCUCAGUUCUUAGGGAAUAAGGUUGACUCCUAUGGAGGAUUUCUCAGUUACAACAUUCGCUAUGGGCUGACAAGAGGUCAAUCUGAACCUGUGAGAAAGACGGAUGUGAUUCUUGUAGGAAAUGGACAAAGACUGACUUAUCGUGUUCAGACAGUAACUCAACCAUCCGUUCUGAAUCAAAGGAAGAUUCAGUUCACAGAAGAAAACUGGCAACAUGAAUCUGGAUCUCCAGUGACCAGAGAGGACCUUCUGAUGACCCUACAGAACUUGGAAAGCAUCAUGAUCCAGACAGUAUAUGACAACAAAAUGGCCAGUGUUGGUAUCAGUGACAUUGUCAUGGACACAACUUCUGUGGAAUAUACUCAGCUGGGACUUGCAAUAGAUGUGGAGGAAUGCAGGUGUCCUGUGGGCUACUCCGGGCUUUCAUGUGAGGUCUGCGCUGCACAGUUUGAGAGGGUUCCUGAAGGUCCAUUCCUUGGUACAUGCUCUGGCUGCAAUUGCAACAACCAUGCCAGCUCUUGCGAUACAGUGACUGGCUACUGCCUGAACUGUCAGCACAAUACAGAAGGGCCUCAGUGCAAUAAAUGCAAAGCUGGAUUCUUUGGAGAUCCAACCAAAGGUGUUCCGAACGCCUGCCAGCCGUGCCCCUGCCCACAUAUUGACCCCCAGCGAAGGUUCUCUGAUACCUGCUUCUUGGAUACAGAUCGACAACCUACAUGUGAUAACUGUCUUCCUGGUUAUACUGGGCGCCGUUGUGAGAAGUGCGCAGAAGGCUAUAGUGGAAGCCCCAUGCAACCAGGGGGAAAAUGCGAGAGAGCUGGACAACUAGAGCUUUGUGAUCCAAGGGGAAGUGCUGCCACUCCCAUUGGUGCCUGCAUAUGUAAGGCACAUGUCCAAGGAACCCUGUGCAAUGAGUGCAAAUCUGGAACCUUUUACCUCAGCAAUGAGAACCCAGAUGGCUGCUUGCGGUGCUUCUGUAUGGGGGUCACCAAACAAUGCUCCAGUUCUUUUUGGAACAGAGACCUGGUCCGCUCUACCUAUGACAGUCAGGAGAGAGUCCCAUUCACAAUCUCAAAUGUAGACAGCAGCCGUUCUUACAGCGAGGAUAUUCGUGUCACAGGUCCAUCAGAGCUGACAUUUGGUGCCUUCAGCAACAUCCCUCAAGACGUUUAUUUUUGGGUGUUGCCAGAGCGCUUUAAGGGAGACAAGGUGACUUCAUAUGGGGGAGAGUUGCGUUACACCAUCAACUAUGAAGCUCCACUUGGAUCACAGUCCAUCUACGGCAAGCCUGAUGUUGUUUUGCAGGGAAAUGGAAUCUUCUUGGAACACUAUGCAAACCUCAGAACAUCUCCUGGAUACCCCUUAACUAUUACUGUUGGUUUCCGAGAGCGUUUCUGGCGCAGGACUGAUGGGCAGGAUGUUACUAGGGAGCACCUACUCAUGGCCCUUGCGGAUAUCAGCCUCUUGAUGAUUCGUGCAUCUUAUGCCGAGAGGAUGACGGAGAUCAGAAUCUCAAAUAUCCACAUGGAUGUCGCUGUUCCUCACUCAACAGGGCUGCAGCGGGCUGUGGAAGUGGAGCAGUGUGUGUGCCCUCCAGGCUAUACGGGGCAAUCUUGUCAGGAUUGUGACAUUGGCUACACACGUUCUACCAGUGGUCUAUAUCUUGGAAUCUGUGAACGCUGCCAAUGCAACGGGCACUCCACCGAGUGUGAUGGUGAAACAGGAGAUUGCCAGAAUUGCCUGCACCAUACUGAGGGUCCCAAGUGUGACCAGUGCCGACCUGGGUUCUAUGGGGAUCCCAAACGUGGAACACCUUCCGACUGCCAACCUUGCCCAUGCAUAUCAUCCAGCCAAUACUUUGGAACAUGCUUCCUGGAUAGAGACGGAUACCCAACAUGUGACUCCUGCCCACCUGGCUACGCUGGACGCCAAUGUGAAAAGUGUGCUCCUGGCUACAGGGGAGACCCGGCUAGAGGACAACGCUGCACAUUGGAUCAAGGUGUCUGUCGAUGUGACCUCAGAGGAAGUGUGAGUGACCAGUGUGACUCCCAGGGACAGUGUCAAUGCAAGCCUCAUGUGGAAGGGCCGACCUGCAGCACCUGCCGACCUAAUCACUUCUACCUCAGUGCCGAGAGCUCGGAAGGCUGCCUGCCCUGCUUCUGUAUGGGAGUCACCCAGCAGUGUGCCAGUUCCAGUUACCACCGUGAGCUGAUUACAAGUCCAUUCCUUCCUGGCAACUUCCAGAACUUUGCUCUGGUAAACCGCCAGCACAGCACCCGCAUCACAACCGGGUUCACUGUGGAGAUGUCCAGCCAUGGCCCACAGCUCACUUAUGGCCGAUUUGAUGAACUGGGUCAAGAGUCUUACUAUUGGCAGCUUCCUGAAGGGUAUCAAGGAGACAAGCGAGAGCUGUAUUUUGCUCGGAUGCGCCGGGCACAUAAGCAGAAUGAUUCCUCUCUGACGGAGGAGGAACUCCGGAGGAAGGUGGCACUUGGGGAACUGAGAGAAUCUCAUAACCUACACAGGAGGUCCAGGCGUCAGGCCAAGAUUGAUGAAAAGCAGAAACAAAUUGAUAGUGAAAUUUGGAACUUACUUUCUAGCUUUUCAUCACAUCGUGCAGACCCCCUAUCUGGUCGUGUAGCCCUUUCAUCUAGACAUGUGUCCCCUACAACACAACCUGUACCCUCUACAUCUCGGCCUGCAAUGUCAGUAUCUGUCCCUGUAUCUCAUACACCUCAUCCUGUAGCCCAUACUCCCACUCUGGUUGCACAUUCCUCUGUGCCAAUUACCUAUACUCAGAAUUCUCUCUAUCCAAGUAACCACAAGUCAUUACAUAAAACCGUAGCCCCUCCGCAUUCAUUAUUAUUAGGCCCCCCUGGUCCACCUUCCUUGUAUCCAUCCCAUCAUGCUGUAGGAUCUAGAUCAUCAUCAGGAGCUUCAGCUCGUUCUGUACUUCCCAUUGGUGCUCCUGGCCACUUCCACAAGCAAUCUGUCAAUGAGGCUCCAAGUAGGGAUUCUCAUCGAUCAUCAACUGAGGAUUCCACCAACCUUCUGUACUCUCGAAAUUCAAGACAGAAAGGUUACUCUCUUGUGUACAAAGGUUUCUCUCUCCUUCCUGAAGGUGCUUAUUACUGGCAGCUGCCGAGGGUAUUCCUUGGUGACAAGGUGGCAUCAUAUGGUGGGAAGCUUCGCUAUACGUUGUCCUACAAUGGUGGUAUCAGAGGGGCUGCUCUGCCGGAUGCGGAUGUGCAGAUCACAGGUAACGACAUUACGCUGGUGGCUUAUCAGCCUGAGCUGCGCCCACGCGAGAGCAAAUCCUUCGAGGUUGUAUUCCGAGAGUCUCACUGGAAGCGCCCAGAUGGUAUGCAGACAACCCGAGAACAUCUGAUGAUGGUUCUGGCUCAUCUUGACGAGAUUCUUAUCCGAGCCUCCUACUCUACUGACAUGUUAUCUGCAAGCAUCACCGGCGUAAGCAUGGAGACCGCUAGCUCAUCAUACACUAGUUUGCCGCAGGCUCUUGAAGUAGAAGAGUGUCGUUGCCCUCCUGGGUACCGAGGGCUGUCUUGUCAGGACUGUGCCCCUGGUUAUACCCGCACAGGAGGUGGCCUGUACCUUGGUCACUGUGAGCCAUGUGACUGUAAUGGACAUUCUGACUCCUGUCACCCAGAAACAGGGGCUUGCUCUAAUUGCCUACAUAAUACAGCUGGCGAGUUCUGUGACAAGUGUGCCCCAGGUUUCUAUGGAGAUGCCACUGCUGGUACACCAGAAGACUGCCAGCCUUGUGCCUGCCCAUUAGCUGAGCCAGAUAAUCAGUUUUCUAGGACAUGUGAAAUUUUGGGCUCUGGUGGGUACAGAUGCACAGCCUGCCAGCCGGGGUACACUGGACAGUACUGUGAGCGAUGUGCUCCUGGCUACACCGGCAACCCUACCAUUCGCGGGCAGAAGUGUGUUCUUGAAGACCGACGGUCUCCCCUGGUUGUUAGAAUCCACCCACAGAAAACCACUGUCACUCAGGGAGGUGAAGCUACACUGAGAUGCCACGUUAGUGGAAAUCCUCCUUAUUAUUUCUACUGGUCUCGAGAAGAUGGUCGCCCUCUGCCCGGCAGUGCUGAACAGAGAGAAAAAGGUGAGGAGCUUCACUUUUCCCGGUUACAACCAUUAGAUUCUGGAGUCUAUAUCUGUACUUGCCGCAACCUGCAAUAUGCCAACACCAGUAAAGCCGAGAUCCUCGUUACUGCUGUCACCAGCAAACCCAUUACUGUGACUGUAGAAGAACAAAAGGUUCAGACGGUUCGUCAAAAUGCAGAUGUCACCUUCAUAUGCACAGCGAAGAGCAAGUCUCCAGCUUACACCCUGGUAUGGACACGUCAGAAUAAUGGCAAACUCCCAGAAAGAGCAAUGGACUUCAAUGGCAUCCUUACGAUCCGAAACGUGCAACCUGAAGAUGCUGGCAUUUACGUCUGCACAGGCUCUAACAUGUUUGACAUGGACGAGGGCAAUGCAACACUCUUUGUUCGAGAAACAUCUCAGACCCAGAUGUUCUAUGGACCAUUUGAAACCAUUGAAGGACACAGACCGUCUGGAGCAGGGACUCCACCCACAGCUGUCAUUGAACCCAGACAGCUUACAGUCCAACGGGGUCAGUCAGCCGAGUUCCGUUGUAUAGGAAGCGGAUACCCAACACCAACAGUGGAAUGGUCAGGUGGCCAGAAUGGAGGAAUAUCUUCAAGAGCCAUCAUCCAAGGUGGUAUCCUGCGCUUCCCAUCUGUAGAGCCAUCUGAUGAAGGACAAUACACCUGCCGUGUAGUCAACAGCGUAGGACAGCACCUGGCCAGAGCAGACCUCAGAGUACACAGCGGAAGCUUACCUGAUGUCCAAGUAAGCCCAGAGCGCACUGAGGUGAGAGAAGGAGACACUGUGCGACUGUACUGCAGAGCCGGCGGCAGCCCCUCAGCCACUAUCACAUGGAGGAAGCUCGGGGGCAGCUUGCCCUCACAGGCUCUUACCACUUUUGGUUUCCUCCACUUUCGAAGUAGCAGCCUUGAAGCUAUUCUCAGACGGAUCCAGGAGCUGCAGGCUCGCACAGAAAGGACAGACAUCUCAACCCUGGUGAUCCCAUCCAUCCGAGCAGCUGAUGCUGGCACUUAUCUCUGCGUUGGAACCAGCUCAGCUGGAUCUUCACAAGCCAGAUUGGAAGUGAUUGUAACACAAGUUACUGGAGUUCCUGCUGUGAGGAUCGAACCAUCAUCAGAUUCCAUAAUUGAAGGACAAAACGUGGAGCUGAACUGUGUGGUGGGAGGUUACCCGCAUGCUGUGGUUACAUGGCAUAGACUAGGGCGCCCGCUCUCACCUAAUCACCAGGUCCAAGGUUCCCUCCUACGCAUCUUGCAAGCAUCUCCAGAAGACUCUGGUGAAUACAUCUGCCGGGUCACUAAUGGUGCUGGCGUACAGCAGGCAUCAAUCACUAUCACCAUCACCCGCGUCUCCGGUCCUUCCCGACCCUCAGGUAGUGUCCCUCCCAUUCGGAUUGAACCUUCCUCAAACACCAUUAUUGAGGGACAGACCUUGGAGUUGAACUGUCUGGUUGCUGAUAAUCAAAACGCUGUGGUCACUUGGCAAAGACAAGGCCGCCCUCUCUCACCAAACCACCAGAUUUCCGGCUCUCGUCUGCGCAUCCUCCAAGCCUCUGUAGCAGAUUCUGGACAGUAUAUCUGUCGAGUAAUUAAUGGGGCCGUUACCCAGCAGGCAUCAAUUGUUGUCACCAUCACACGCGUUACUGGUCCCAGUUACCCCUCUGGUAGCUCCCCAGCCGUGAGGAUCGAGCCAUCAUCAAGUUCAGUUGCUGAAGGACAGACCCUUGUAUUGACCUGUGUGGUUGCCGGACAACCAGGAGCUGUUGUGACCUGGCAUCGGUCAGGGCGCCCCCUGUCUGCCAAUCACCAGGUCUUGGGUUCGCGCCUGAGGAUUGUUCAAGCGUCCACAGCAGAUUCUGGUGAAUACAUCUGUCGUGUCACUACAGGAGAAGUUACUCGUCAGGCUUCCAUCAUGGUCACCAUCACCCAAACGUUAGGCCAAAUUCCUUCUCACGGCAUCACCCCGACUAUUCGAAUUGAGUCCCCAUCUGAUUCGUUAGCAGAAGGACAGACAGUUGUGUUGAACUGCGUAGUUGAAGGGCAGACACAGCAGGAAGUCACCUGGUACCGGCCUGGACGUCCACUGUCACCAAAUCACCAGGUUUCUGGGUCCCAUCUCAGGAUUGUUCAGGCGUCUCCGCGAGACUCUGGCGAGUACAUCUGCCGUGUCAGCAGCAGUUCUGGUGUUCAGAUGGCUUCAAUUACUGUUUCAAUUGGCAGCUCCUCACUGGGCACUGACGUUGCAGGUCCUAUCCAGAUCCAGCCAUCUUCAAGAACUGUGGAAGAGGGUCAGACUCUGGAAUUAAAUUGCAUGAUUGAUACACAGCCAGGGGCUUCGGUGACGUGGAUGCGACCUGGUGGACGUCCACUGUCAUCCAACCACCAGGUGUCAGGGUCCCGGAUGCGAAUUCUACAAGCCUCUCCCGCUGACUCUGGCGAAUACAUCUGUCGUGUAAGCACUGCUUCUGGCGUCCAACAAGCUUCUAUCACGGUCACCAUAAUCCGUACCUCACAAUCACCCAUUGGUGCCCCAACACCUGUCAUCAUUGAAAAGUCUGCUGAAAUUGUGUACGAGGGUCAGGCGUUGGAUCUGAACUGUGUAGUUGUGGGCCACCCACAUGCCACUGUCACAUGGCACCGAUCUGGAACACCUAUCGCCGGUGACCAGAUGUCAGGCUCACGGUUGCGCAUACACCAAACCGCUAUAACAGACUCUGGUGAAUACAUUUGCCGGUACAAAAGCAGUUCUGGCACCCAGGAAGCAUCUAUUACUGUUUCCAUUCAACCAAGAACAGGGGGUCAGGUUUACCCAGGUGGACGGAGCCCAGUUAUUUCUCUUGACCAAGCAAGUCUUAGGGUGAACCAGGGAGACAAUGCCACCUUCAGAUGUCAUAUCCAUGAAGGUGCUCAACCCAUUCAUCUUAGUUGGAAGAUGGCACAUAACCAGCCACUACAAGAUAAUGUGAACGUCAGCCCCGAUGGCUCAGUAAUCUCCAUUGUUGGUGCUCACCACAGGAACCAAGGCUCCUAUCGUUGUAUUGCCUCCAAUGCUUAUGGCAAAAUACAGAGUGCUGUAACUCUCCUGGUGGAAGGACGCCCUACAGUGUCUGUGAUCCCUCAUGGACCAGUCACGGUGAAAGUGGGAGACCCUAUUUACCUGGAAUGUAUGGGUAUGGGCGACCCUCGCCCUGUUGUCAGCUGGCGACGCACCGGUGCCCGGCAGAACCUGAAACAGCAACAUCUGGUGCCACUAGAUAGCAACGCCGUUUUGCAGAUUUUGUCAGCAAAACCAGGUGACUCUGGAUCCUACACGUGUACUGCCCACAACCCAUCAGGCUCUUCACAGGCUCACGUAGACGUUCGUGUUGAAGGUCGUCUAGAGAACCCAGAUGCUCCAACGGUCACUGUAGAUCAGUCUGUACUUGUGGUGUUGGCCGGAGAAAGGGCAGUUCUGAGCUGCUCAGCCGCAGGCAGCCCAACUCCAACCAUUACCUGGUCCAAACUGAGAGCUCCUUUACCCUGGCAACACCAGAUUAUCAAUAACACCCUGGUCAUCCCCAAAGUGGCUCAGCAGGACUCCGGACAAUACAUCUGCAAUGCGUCUAGCGCUGCUGGGCACUCAGAGGUCUUUGUGACUCUGGACGUGGAAAACCCUCCCUAUGCCACAACCAUUCCAGAUGAGACUUCUGUGAGUGUUGGAGAAUUGAUCCGUCUACAGUGUAUCGCGCAUGGCACCGCUCCACUCAGAUUCCAAUGGAGUAAAGUCAAUGCGACCCUUCCUGACAGGGCCACGCUGCAAGAUAGCAUCCUCCUCAUCAAUUCAGCUGCACCAGAGGAUGCUGGGACAUACCGCUGCACUGUUAGCAACAAAGUAGGAAGAAGUGAAGCUUUGUCCCAAGUCAGCGUCUUAGCUCCUUUUGCUGUUCGGGUGUCACCACAAAUAGACACAAAAGCUGUGGGAGGAGCAGCAGAAUUUACCUGUAAUGUGAUUGGUGACCCUGCAGCCAGAAUUCAGUGGCUUAAAGAAGGAGGAGCUCUGCCGUCCAAUCACAAUGUGCAAGGGGGAGUGCUCAGAAUUCCAGACCUGGAGCGUAGAAAUGAAGGUGUUUAUACAUGCCGGGCAUCCAGCAAAUUUGGACAAGCUCAGGAUAGCGGGAAACUUGUUGUUCAAGCUCUGCCACGGGUGAUGAUUAAUGUCCGCACCUCAGUGCAGACUGUGCUGGCAGGAAACUCUGUGGAGUUUGAAUGUUUGGCUAUCGGAGACCCUCAGGCUAAGGUAACAUGGAGCAAGGUGGGAACCCGCAUGCCCCCAGAUGUGAUCAUCAAUGGUGCCAUGCUAAAGAUUGAGCAGGUGAAGCAGUCAGACGCUGGUCAGUACCGUUGCACCGCCACCAAUGACAUUGGCGAGGUGCAGUCCCACGUCAUCCUCCAUGUGCAGUCUGUUCCACAAAUUGCUGCACAGCCUGAGAUGAAGGAAAUAACAACCGGCUCCAUUGCAGUCUUUCCCUGUCUGGCUUCCGGCUUUCCGGUUCCAGAAAUCACAUGGACCAAGUUGGAAGGGGAUCUUCCCAAGGAUUCACAAAUUGCAAACAAUGUUUUAACUAUACGCUCUGUGAAACCGGAGGAUGCUGGGACGUACGUCUGUACAGCAGCCAACCGACAGGGCAGAGUCACUGCCUUCUCCAUGUUGAAGGUUCGAGAGCGUGUGGUCCCUUAUUUCACCAGGCGCCAUCAGUCCCAUCUAAGUCUUCCGAGCAUUAAAGAUGCGCACAAGUCAUUUGAAAUAAAGAUCACCUUCCGACCAGACGCCGCUGAUGCUUUCAUUCUGUAUUCAGGGAUGUUGGUGUACAGUGGGCAAAAGAAGAGUAGGGGAGCUGACUUUGUCUCCUUUGGGCUGGUCGGUGGCCGUCCUGAAUUCAGGUUUGAUGCAGGUUCUGGAAUGGCCACUAUCCGUUACCCUACACCUAUCGCCCUGGGAGAGUUUCACACCGUGACCCUAAAUAGAAAUCUGACCCAGGGGUCUUUGUUGGUGGAUAACCAAGCUCCUGUUAAUGGCACCUCACAGGGCAAAUUCCAGGGUCUUGAUCUAAAUGAGGAGCUGUAUUUGGGGGGUUAUCCUGACUAUGACGCCAUCUCUAAAACUGGCCUAAGCAGUGGUUUUGUGGGUUGCGUCCGCCAACUUAUUGUGCAAGGAGAAGAGGUCAUCUUCAAGGAUUUGGAUUUGCAAGCGAAGGGAAUCUCCAACUGUCCAACAUGUAGGGAUCGACCCUGCCGAAAUGGAGGAAUGUGCCGUGACUCUGAGAGCAGCAGUUAUGUGUGUGUAUGUCCUCGCGGCUUCGCUGGAAGUAACUGCGAACACUCCCAAGCUCUGCACUGCCACCCAGGGGCUUGUGGUCCUGAUGCUACCUGCAUAAACCGAGCUGAUGGCCAGGGCUACACCUGCCGAUGUCACUUAGGAAAGUCCGGAGACACAUGCAUGGAAGGCAUCAUGGUUAACACGCCCAACUUUGAUGGAGAUUCCUCCUACAUUUCUUACCCUCCCCUGACUAACAUCCACAAUGAGCUGCGUAUAGACAUGGAAUUCAAACCACUCUCUCCAGACGGCCUUCUGUUCUUUAGUGGUGGUAAAGGUGCCCCUGUAGAUGACUUUGUAUCCCUCGCUGUGACAGGAGGACACUUAGAGUUCCGCUUUGAACUGGGAUCAGGUUUGGCUGUACUGAGAAGCACCCAGCCUGUUGCACUUGGCCAAUGGCACAAGGUGUCUGCUGAAAGACUAAAUAAGGAUGGGACCCUGCUAGUUGACAGUGAAGCCCCUGUAAAGAGGUCAUCUCCAGGAAAAAGCCAGGGUCUCAACCUAAAGACACCAAUGUACCUUGGGGGAGUGGACAAUACUGUGGACCUCCCAACAGCAGUUAAUGUCAACCAGAGCUUCCAAGGCUGCAUUGGAGAGGUUUCAAUCAAUGGAAAGAAGAUGGAUAUUUCGUAUAGUUUCAUUGAAAGCCGCAGUAUCAGCCAGUGCUAUGACAGCUCACCAUGUGACCGCAUGCCGUGCCUGCACGGUGGGAGGUGCUUGUCCACUGGUGAAUAUGAGUUCCAGUGUCUGUGUCGGGACGGCUUUAGGGGGGUGCGCUGUGAGACUCACGAGGAUCAAUGUCAGAUCCGUAAUCCUUGUCUUAAUGGGGGAACUUGCAAAGACAACAGAUGUCACUGUGUCUCAGGAUAUACAGGGACAAUAUGUGAACAUGGAGGCGUCGCUGCGGCUCUGGAACACGAGUGGACCGUGGAUGGUAGUGGGGGGAAUGAUGCUCCCGGACACUAUGGAUCCUAUUUCUCUGACGACUCGUAUAUCGCACUUCCCAGGAGCGCCUUUCCCAGGAGUCGACCAGAGGCUCCUGAAACCAUUGAGUUAGAGAUACGAACCACAUCUGCAGAUGGUGUCAUACUGUGGCAAGGGAUGGUGACCCACGGGUCUGAGCAUGAGCUGCAUGAUACUAACAAGGAGGAGAAUGAGCAAGGGAAGGGGAAGGAUUUUAUCAGCUUGGGUCUGAAGGACGGACAUCUGCUCUUCAGUUACCAGUUGGGCAGUGGGGAAGCCAAUAUCCUCUCUGAGGAUCCUGUUAAUGACGGAGAGUGGCACAAGAUCACAGCAAUCCGGGAGGGGAAGUCAGGCUCCAUUCAAGUUGAUGGUGAAGAAAUGGUAACUGGUUUGUCUCCUGGUAAAAACAUAAUGGUCAACACCAAAGGGAGCGUCUAUCUAGGUGGGGUGCCCAGCGUGAAGUCACUCACAGGAGGAAAGUUCACAUCAGGAAUUACUGGCUGCAUCAAGAAUCUGGUGCUUCUGAAUGCAAGACCAUCCCACCAAGCGCAACAACCAAUCGACUUAAAGCAUCAUGCAGAGGCGGGGCAUAACACCAAAGAGUGCCCCUCAUAGGCAGGGCUGUGUCAUCUCACCUGUAUCAACAGAGCAAUCCAGAAACUUUUUUUUUAAAAAAAAGAGAGACUGACAUAAAAAGAGAACAUAAAUGGUGCUUUCGCUGCUACCAAAAAAACAAAACUAAAACACAAAAAAAAAGAGGUGCUGAUGAAAAGGUUUGGAUUGCGCGCUUCUUUAUUACCCAACCAGGGUUUCUUCUUUUUAAUUAUUUUUUUCUAAAGUUUUCAUAUUUCCAUGUUUUAAAGCUGGAUGAAGGAUUAGUGUCAUAUUACAGUUAUUGUUUGUUUUAAAGAGUUCCCCUAACAAAUAUAUAUAUACACAAACAAAUGAUGAUAUAUGAUGUCCCACUGGUGUGAGGUUCUGUCGCUCUAUAUUGCUACCAGAGGUAGACCACGUCUCACAUAACAAAUCGGUAUCUCCCCUCCUUGGUAUGUUUGUCUUUCUGAAGAGAUUAACUUUAUUUCCCAAUUGUAAUGACUAUAAAGUAUUGUUACAUAUCUGAACCUCAUGACAUCACAGCCUGGGGAUACGUUUACCUGCUCCCAUGAAUAGAGCAUUGUUUUGUUACUGGGCCUGUCCUGUUGUCUGACAUCAUACAGCAUCUCUCCUGUUCUAUAAAGAGGCACAUAUGUAUAGUUUUUUCCUACUGUCACUGGGAAGCAUCUUUGUUCCAUAGGAUUCCAAGGAAUGAGAAUUGGCCAUCUUCACUGUUUUUUUCCUAUCACACAAUUUUAUGUAAACCCCUCAUGUACAGAAGCCAGUUCUUAUCCUUAGCUAGAUGACAGCCUAACCUUUAACCAAUCAUAUUUGUGUAUUCCUCUUGUUAAAGGAACCCUUUCCUGCUGUGAAAGGUGCAUGAACUCUUAGCUCAGGUCAAAACACGUUUUCAAAUAAAGUCAUUCCUUAUGUCCUGCCUUGUCAUUCUCAGCGAACUAAUUUGUGAAGAAACUGGCAAUGCUCCUUAAAACACAGAACUGAUUUCUAAUCCCAUUGGAUAUUGUCUGGCAUAGUAUCUAUUACAGGAAAAGUGUGCAGGCAUUCUACUUAAUGAUAUGAUCUGCUUCCUUUGUUGGUAAAUACAAGCCUACAUUACAUAGGAAGUCAAAUCUGGGCAGUCAUUAUUUUUAUAUAUGCUUUAGUGGUUGUGUUUCCUUAAACCUUAUACCUAAUAAUGCAGCAAGUGGCGUAUCAGGCGACUCCGUGUAUGUGUUGUUACAUAUUCCCAGCACAUACAAACAAGGGGCCAGCAAUAUUCUGCUUUCCAUUAUAGAUACCAUGGUCUGUAAGAAGUAUUUCUUCCUCUAUUCUAGAAAGUGGAUCUAUCUGAUCUAGGGCAUUGCUGUUUCCUUAUACUAAAAACAAACAAAAUAAAAAACUGUCCAGUUACGUCUUUAGUAUAAAAUGUAAAACAAACCCUAGUAAUGAGAGUGUUUAAACUUUGGCAGCUAUUUUAAAGGUUACACACCGGUAAUCUGCCUUUACGUACAUUGAUCUAAGAGUAGAUGCACCUUCAUGGAUUGCAUAAUUCUGUUGUUGCAAUAAAGGUUCCCAGGACUAGGCAGGAACCUGUCCUGAAUUGAAUUCUGAUCAUCAUUAAACAUGACUAGCAGCUAUAAAGGUUUAGCACUUACUGUAAGAGUAAAAAAGACUACUGGAUACUCCAGUUAUUCUGGAAUAAGGGGAUGUUAUUACUCCAUAAGGAGGUGCUCAUGUAAAUAAGAGUAAAACGCACAGGUUGGGGGACGUUGUAUAAUGAUAUUAACAUGAUAAGCAUAAUAGGAGUGAGAAAGUCUCUUGAGAGCAGUGUUUAGGGUCUCGGCUAUGUAAUAGAGACCUGCUGAGAAGUAGAAGGUUAGUACUGAAAUGAAUGGACCUUUUUUUUAGAAUACAGAAGUCUGUAUUAAAGACACCACUGCAACCCUUUACCUACGCACCUUUUAUGUGGUGUCAAGCCCACCUAGACAGAAAGUAAUCUUUGGGAUUGUGAAACAGCCCAUGUAUUUAAUCUCUAGUUUAGAUAAUGGAUCAGCUGAACAUUUUUCGAUGCAUAUAGUACUUUUACACUAGUUCCUAUCAUACGAUCUUAAAACAGAGCAACAAGUUUAGGUAGAUAUUAAAUAUCCACCUAAAAUAUAAAAACUUCUCUGGAUCAUUUCAGGUAACAGUGUAUUGUUACCUAUAACUCCUUGGUAAAGAGUAUCCUCAGAACCUACUUGUACAGAUGAAAAAGUAUUACAGGGCAACAAUUAUGUCUGUUAGAUCUUCUGGUGCUAAAAAUAGGGUGUUCCAAGUCGUAUGGAUAAAUUACACCACUAUCUGUUUACCUGGGGUCUUCAGGCAUCUUGUUUGCUUAGAAGAGGUGCUAUGUAUCAUUUACAUUUUUAUUUUAAUGCAGCAGAUAUAGCAAAUGUGUAUCCUUGCAUUACGUUGUAUUAAGUGUGACUUUAGAGUUUUAUUCUAUGACAUCACAGAUUGUGUUUAGUCAUCAAAAUAUUUCACAAAUGUAAAUAGAACCUCAUAAAAAAACACUGGUAACACAAUAAAAGUAUGUGUGUUAUAGACAAUACUCUAUGUAUAAAUGAUGCUAUAAAAAUACAAAAGAAAAUGGGGUAAUAAUUAAAAUAUAUUAAAGGUAAUGUUCUCUAUCACAUCGAUUCACCAAAACUGGAAUAGCAGUUUCAGUCUUUCAUUCUAUUUAUCCUAUUUGAUAAUAAUGCAGUUGGAAGUUUUGUGAAAAGGCUCAACAGACUGGCAAAGGGACUGCAGAGUCUAUUUGAGUCUUAGUGAAUAUAAGGGCAUUUUUCUUUGUAUAGUCUGUUCCAUCUCUGUGUUGCUAAAUGUUAUAGUCCACCUUAAUGUGCUGCUUUAUAUUAAUAUAUUUCAACUGCAUGCAUUACUGAUCUAAUAUCGUCCCUUCAUGUGUUGACAGUUUCGUAGGUCCAUCAUAAAGUGUUGAUACAUCAGCUAUUAUUAGAUACGUUAAUAUUUUCCACCUAUGUCUGUAGCCACGUUACGUGGUUAUCAUAACUGAUCUGUAGAACUGAAAAUGAUGAAAAAAUGUUCUUAAAAAAUCUUUUUGUCCAAAUGCCACAAACAGCAGUAAAUAUUUCCUAUGUUUGGAAUCUGCACUGCUUUGUAUAAUGUGAUACAUAGGCCCUUCUUAUGCUUCUAGAAAAAGGUCCAAAAGAAUGUAUCUAAAUGCUGAAUAGACAGAGACAUAUCUUAUAUCUAAUAUAUUGUACCUGCCCCUCUGUGGGUUGUACUAUUGGUGCUAAUUUUCUCUAGAACAAAGGGGGAGAACUUUCUAUCUUUUGUACUAAGCAGAAGCCCCUACAGACAGACGACACAGAAUACUGCACUGUCAGUAGCUGAAAUGUGACAAACACCCUUCAGCUCUUGUAACUAAUGCUUUAAGGAGUGACAGAAUGAUUACUUCUGUCAUUGUUGCUGUUAUAUUUUUUUACCUCAUUGCCUUGGGUUUGUACAACUAACCAAUAAACCUGUUCUUGUACCA